AUGCAUAUUGUCUGGAAAGAAGAGGCGGAUGCUGCCACGUACGAUGAUGCCCGGGUGGGCCGGGUCUUCAAUCACCGCCGCCCGGACCGAUUCCCACUGGCGGUCGUGAAAGCUUCCUCCUCUGAAGAUAUUGUUGCUGCCGUUAAGCUGGCCGUGGAACGAAAGUGUCGCGUCGCUGUGCGAUCCGGAGGCCAUUCCUGGGCGGCGUGGAGUGUUCGCGACAACUCUAUCCUGAUUGAUUUGGGGAACUACAAAAGCAUGGAAGUAGACGCAGAGAACAGUAUAGCGCGUGUCUCAACUAGCAUGACAGGACGUGAAGUGAAUGCCGUCCUGAACAAAGAACAUGGGCUCAUGUUUCCCGGAGGCCAUUGCCCAGAUGUCGGUCUAGGCGGAUUCUUGCUCCAGGGUGGAAUGGGAUGGAAUUGCAAGAACUGGGGUUGGGCUUGCGAAAGAGUCCUUGGACUCGAUGUGGUAACAGCGGAUGGCGACUUAGUUCACUGCAAUGCCUCUCAAAACCAAGACCUAUAUUGGGCAGCCCGUGGGGCCGGUCCAGGAUUUCCCGGUGUUGUGGCCAGAUUCCAUCUUGACCUAAUUCCGUAUCCAGAAAAAGGCUUUCGAUCAUCUGGCUACAUCUAUCCAAUCGGUCUUUAUCACGAAGUUUUCAAAUGGAUCAUAGCUAUUGCUCCUUCCUUCGACACCGACACGGAGAUUGCAGUAGUCUCACAAUACCCCGAAGGCGAAAAUGAGAUCUCACUUUUUGUUCUAUUUGUGACGAUGAAGCAUAGCCCUGAAGAAGCGGAAACGGCACUGAAACGGGCCCAAGAGACCCGACCAGCUGGUACGAGUAGCGAGUGGUUCUGUAAGGAAGACAACCUCGAUAACCAGUACAACAACCAGGCCAACGCCAACCCAGAGAGGCAUCGCUACUGCACUGACAAUGCGUACAUUGACAACGACGCGGAUGUCCCGAGUGUCUUGGAGGAGGCAUUUACGAAACUUCCGCAUCGCAAAGCUUUCUCGCUAUGGUAUGCGAUGAACCCCUGCAGCCGAAGGGAGCUCCCAGACAUGGCCUUAAGCAUGCAGUCGGACCACUAUUUCGCGUUGUAUACGGUAUGGGAGGAGGAGUCAGACGAUAUUCGCUGUCGUGCAUGGGUGAAGAAUGUGAUGGAAAAGGUUGAGCGCCAUUCAGUGGGUGCCUACUUAGGAGACUCAGACUUUCAAGUUCGACGGACGAAGUUCUGGGCCGACGAUAACGCUAAACGAUUGAUGGAUAUUCGCCGCAAGCGGGACCCCCAGGGCAGGAUUUGCGGAUAUCUAGACCAAGAGGACUUGUCGGGAGUGAAUGGCUUGGCCAAUAUUCACGAGUGGAAGGUGUGA